AUGAGGCUCUCCAGUGUAGCUGCUGCCUUGCUUGCUGCAGUGCCUCUUACACAAGCAUACUGGAAGGGCUUUAAUGUUGCCGCCGAAAAUCCUGAUGGAUCAUGCAAAACACAAGCCCAAUGGGUUUCUACUUUCCAACGCUUGUCUUCGCUGCCUGGUCACUUCACAUCUGUCAGAUUAUAUGCUUCCUCGGACUGUAAUACAUUGGCUCUUGCCGUUCCUGCCGCCAUCUCAACAGGAACUCAGUUGCUCGUUGGUGUCUGGACUGAAGACGAUGGUCACUUCCAGAGGGAGAAGGAUGCUCUCGAGAGUGCCAUCAAACAACACGGUCAGGACUGGAUCAUCGCCAUUAGUGUUGGCAGUGAAGACUUGUACCGCAAAGAUAUUAGUGCCUCGUCUCUUGCACAGAAAAUUUAUGACGUUCGCGGCAUGGUUCGCGCCAUGGGCGUCAAGAAGGACGUUGGACACGUCGACACCUGGACAGCUUGGGUUGAUAGUGCAAACACUGCAGUGAUCACAGCCUCCGACUUCAUCGGUCUUGACGCAUAUCCCUACUUCGAAGGCAGCAGUAUCGACCAAGCAAGCAACACAUUCUGGAGCGCCAUCAACAGGGUUCGUGGAGUCGUUGACAGGGUUUCUCCUGGCAAAUGGGUGUGGGUGACUGAGACUGGUUGGCCUGUCAGUGGACCCAACUACGGCAAUGGAGUUGCCAGCGUCAAGAACGCUCAAACAUACUGGAAGCAAGUUGCUUGUGCUGCCUUUAAGCAAGUGCACAUUUUCUGGUAUGUUCACCAGGAUUACCAAGCAUCUCCCAGUUUUGGUGUCAUUGACCGCAAUGGACACGCCAUCUACGACCAACAGAGUUGUUGA